AUGAGCGAAGAUACGGCUGAGAACAGCAUCAAGGGCGAGGACAACAUUACUGCCGAGGACGAAACCAGUAGCCAGACUAAGCGCGUCGCUGAAAAGAGCUCAAUCGUGCAGCUCGACCCUACUUACACCGUCCUGUUGCCGUUGAUCACUUCAGCUGGAAGGAAGCCCAAGACACUGACAAUACGGCAAGCAGAGAGGGGCAUUGACGGUGGCCCGAUGCAUUUUGACCAAUACCGGGGCUUAUUCUGA